UUUUCUUACGUCAACCAAUGAGGCAACGGAAGAAAUUACGAGCAUUUACCUUCAGCUGCGAAUUGUUCCCUUAUGUGACAUGGCGUCUGAGAGGAAAGUUAGUUCGUAAACGGGUACAAACGUUAUAAAUUCGAUUUUAUGACAUUUUAUGAAGAAGCGGCUUACCAUACAAGCCACAAACGUUUUCUAGAGACUUGCAUUGAUGGUAAUGCAUGCAAGGAAAACACAGCGGAUGAACGAUGGGUACUUCGAAAAGCACCAGACCCAUCCCUAUCAGAAUUCCAAAUAUAGCUCGUCGAAGAGUUACGGGUCCGGUGGUGAACGCUAUGAGAGGAUACGGGACUCACCGAACGGGAACUACAGAUCGGACAGCCCGGACAGUCAAUCGCCGCGCGACCGAGACAGACCCUACCAGUCGAAAUCUUAUCUACAGAAAAUACGUGAGAAGGAGAGAGAAAAUAGAGACUACAAAAUGUCACGGGACAAGUAUCCAGAUUGUGCCAGAUCACCAAAGGAUAAAAGAAGUCGUGAAUCAGAACAUCGAACUAAUCAUGACAGGAGUGAUGAUAAGAACAUCUUGCAUCCCAUAAAGUCCUCUUCAAAUCUGUCAUCCAGAGACAGAAAACCUGUGCACAACAACUGUAUUGAUAAGAGGGAUGAAAGGGAGAGAGUGACCAGAAUUGGAGAUUGGUCAGAACACAUCAGCUCAUCGGGCAAGAAGUAUUAUUACAACUGUAAAACGGAAGUAUCACAGUGGGAGAAACCCCGUGAAUGGAUUGAACGUGAACGAGAUAGAUUCAGAACUAGGGACAGAGAUAGAGAUUCUGAUAGAUAUUCCAGUUCCAGUAGAUCAGGACAUGAUAAACAUUCCAAUUCACGAGGAAGCAACAGUAGUUCUAGUAAAGAUAUAUCAAGAGAUGGAGCAACAGGUAGUCGACAUUGGAGCAGUAGUAGAGGUGACGACAUCGAUCCGCCGCCAAAAGAAACGUCUAGGUCAUCCUCUCGAAAGCAUUCAGACGAUAACGCCCAGGCAACACAGGAUAUGGAUAUUUCGCCUGGUGACAGUACACCAACUUCGGAAGUGUCCUAUUGCCAAGGAUCAGGAGGUUCCCAUCAGAUACCGGUCGACCAGAAUUCUCAUGGACCAGUGCUGUUGGCAAACGCACUUCCCCGUCUCAUCUCUCACCCAAUUCACCUGCCGUCGACACCGACCACUACGCGGCCGGAAUCGUCCCCACUGGGGAAUCCACAGAGUACCCCCUCUAUGAUGCCGACGACGUCGUCAAGUGUAACUACAGCAAACACGCCAGGACCUCCAACGGCUAUGCAAGAAUCCCAAAGUGACCCGAAAAUUCAGACUAUACACAGUAACAUAAUUAUGAAUAGACAAGUGGUUGCGGGUGAUAAUAGUGUACAUACACAGCUUCUUACUGUUGACACUAAUCAUAGUGGUCCUGUUAUUGAAGGUCCUCCGACGCCGACACAUUCGGAAUCUUCUGAUUGUGCAAAGGGUAAGUUUAACAUUAUUUAACUAUUUUGGUUAAGA